AUGGUGUAUAAUGUAGUUAAACUUGUUAAAGGAUGGCCCACAUACCUGUUGACAGCUCCUAAAUUCAUCAGGCCUGGAGCAAAUGUGACUAUCGGGGUAGCUCUGCUGAAGAAGAGCCCACCACAGGUUACAAUAAAAGCAGAUGUGAUCCAUGCAAACAGCACCAUAUUACGCGGGGAAGCUGUCUUUCAAAGAGAUUCAUUUGGGAUACUUGUCCUUCCAGCUCUCCCCUUGGGCACUUCUGACAGUGGUUAUAAUUUAAAAGUCAAAGCAUUUUCAGAAGGUCAACAGCUAUUUUCUAAGAGCACUGCCCUUUCAUUUGAACGGAAGAGUUUCUCGGUCUUCAUCCAAACUGACAAGUCUAUAUACAAACCAGGACAAGAUGUGAAAAUACGGAUUGUUACUCUACAUCCUGACCUCAAACCAUAUAAUGCUCCUGUAAAUGUGUAUAUUCGGGAUCCUCGAUCAAAUUUGAUUCAGCAGUGGUUGGCACAGGAUGGAAGACUGGGCAAGGUUACCAUGCAGUUUAAACUAUCCAAAUUUCCUGUGCUGGGUGAUUGGUCCAUACAAGUUCAAGUUACUGAUCAAUCACAUUAUCAGAUAUUUACUGUGAUGGAAUAUGUAUUACCAAAAUUUGAAGUUUUUCUAACAACACCUCAAUAUUAUUCUCCAAAAGAUGAGAAUUUCAGUGGUACUGUCACGGCAAAAUACACAUAUGGAAAGCCAGUGAAAGGGAAAGUAACUAUCAGUUGCUUUAUAUCACCGGUCUACUCAAGAAAGAUAGAUAUCACAAAAACAUUGGAGAUUAAUGGAAAUGUGAACUUCACUUUUGACCAUCUAGAGAUGAAGAAUAUAACUUACAUAAACUUGUAUGAGAAUUACCUAAUGCCUAUAGAGGUUAUAGCUGUGGUUACAGAAACACUGACAGGAAUCUCUCAAAAUGCAAGUGCUACCAUAUUCACAAGACACGUUGACUACAUAUUAGAGUUUUCUGAGUAUACCAGUGUUCUUAGACCUUCUUUGAGCUUCAUAGCGAGGCUGAAAGUAACAAAAUCUGACCAAAGUCCAUUGACUUCUGAUGAACGAAAGAAUAAUGUAAUGAUCAGCGUCAAACACUUAGAAAAAAGGUACUACGUCUAUAAAUAUGGAAAGGAAUCACAGAGAAAUCACACAGCUCGGACUUUAAACUACACUAUUCCAGAGAAUGGGAUUAUUCAGAUUGAAUUUUCAGUUCCAGUUGAUACAGUAGGGCUGGAAGUUAAGGCUGAAUUUCUUGAAAGUGAAGCUUCUAUAGAGGUACAUAGUGUAUUCUACUCUUCCACCAAGACUUACCUUCUAAUUAAGAAAGCAAAUCAAGAUGCAAAGGUUGGGACACCUUUGGAGCUGAAUGUUCAAAGCAACCAACCCAUGAAAGAGAUCAACUAUAUGGUGGUGUCUAAAGAACAAAUUGUGGCUGUAGGUAAACAGAAGUCUACAACUUUCUCUUUAACACCAGAAAAUUCUUGGACUCCCACAGCCUGCAUUAUUGCCUACUACGUGCAUGAUAAUGGGGAAGUAAUAAGUGAUUCUCUAAGCAUUCCCAUUCAGACUGUUUUUAAAAACCAGGUUAACAUGUAUUGGAGUAAAAAUACAGCUGGGCCUUCUGAGAAUAUUGCCCUCAAAAUCAACACAACAGAACCCCAAACAACAAUUGGACUUUUAGUUGUGGACAAAAGCACUCGGUUGUUGGGAACAAGAAGUGAUAUCACUGAGGCUGCUGUACAUAAUGAGCUAAGUUUGUAUAACAGAGAAGACUACUAUGGUACAGCCAGAACCUCCUUCCAGAUCUUUGAGAAAUGCAACCUCUGGGUAUCGACUGAUGCCAACUUUCCAGAGCAUGUCUUCAAAAAUCCUGCUUCUAUAGAAAAUCCUCUUUUUGACUAUGAUGUCCUUGAAGGUGAAUUUGAGUAUGAUGACUAUCACUCAAAACUGGUGGAGACCGCAGGAACAACUGCUGUUUUUGAUAGUCCUCACAUAAGGACAAAUUUUCCAGAGACCUGGAUUUGGCAUGACAUCACAACAAGUUCUACUGAAACCACAGUGAAUGUAACUGUUCCUGAUACCAUUACUUCCUGGGUCGCCAGUGCUUUUAUACUGUCUGAAAACCUUGGACUUGGUGUGAUGAAAAUGCCUGUUGAGUUAGAAGUCUUCCAGCCCUUUUUUGUUUCCUUGAACCUUCCUCCUAGUGUUAUGAGAGGAGAGCAGUUUUUACUGGAAGUAAACAUCUUCAAUUAUUUGAGCGAAAGUACAGAGGUUACAGUGACUCUUGAUACAAAUGACACCUUUGAAAUUCUUAUUGUUUCUAAUGACAUAAAUGCUAUGGGAAACCAACGGUCAGUAUGGGUAGCAAGUGAAGAUGCGAAGACUAUCAUUUUCCCAAUCAAACCAAAGCAAAUUGGAGAGAUUCCCAUCAGAGUGACAGCAAUAUCAUCCAUUGCUGCUGAUGCUGUCCUCCAGAAAGUGUUAGUGAAGGCAGAGGGAUUAGAACAAUUUCAUUCCCAGGCGCUUCUUUUGGACUUGACUAAAAGAUCUGAGCUUCCAAAAGAAUCUCUGAAUUUCAUUUUCCCCUCGGAUGUAGUACCUGGCAGUGAAAGGGUGCAAGUCACAGCUGUUGGUGACAUCCUUGGUCCUUCUAUCAGUGGUUUGGAGUCACUGAUCAAGAUGCCUUAUGGAUGUGGGGAACAGAACAUGAUCAAUUUUGCACCUAAUAUCUAUGUUCUGGACUACCUGACCAAAACAGGAAACCUGCAGCCCCAAGUUAAAUCGAAAGCUUUGUCAUACAUGAGAGAAGGCUACCAAAGAGAGCUUCUCUACCAAAGGAAUGAUGGCUCCUUCAGUGCUUUUGGAAAUGAAGAUCAUUCUGGGAGCACAUGGUUAUCUGCUUUUGUAUUAAAAAGUUUUGCUCAUGCUCAGCCAUUCAUUGAUAUUGAUCCAUCUAUAUUGGAGAGGACAGCUGCUUGGAUUGUCAGACAUCAGGAACCCAGUGGAGAAUUUCAGGAGCCUGGAAGAGUAAUACACAGCGAAUUGCAAGGAGGCACCAAUGGACCUGUUGCACGUACAGCUUAUAUUAUGGCAGCGCUAUUAGAGUACCAAAUGGAUAAGUAUGACCAUAUAAAUAGGGCUUUGAACUUUCUGGAAUUUGAAUUAAGUAAAGGCAUAUCAAAUAAUUAUACACUGGCUCUUGUGACAUAUGCUUUAUCACUGGCAAAGAGUAGAGAAGGAAAGACUGGGCUGAACAAACUGAAUGAGAGAUCAGAACAGCAAGGAGAGCUCAGAUUCUGGAUAUCACCAGCUCCUAAACUGUCUGAUUCCUGGCAGCCACGUUCUAUAGAUAUUGAGGCUGCAGGCUAUGCUCUGUUGUCUCAUGUUAACCAAAGGAGAUUAUCGGAGGGGAUCCCUAUUAUGAAAUGGCUAAGCCAGCAACGAAACCAUGUUGGAGGUUAUUCUUCUACACAGGACACUAUUGUGGCUCUGCAAGCUUUGAGUGCCUAUGCUAUACAUAUCACUAGCCUUGAAACAGACCUGAGUAUAACAGUUAGUACAUCUAGUGAAGAUAACCCAGUUGUGUUCAGAAUUGAUGAUGAAAAUCGCUUUCUUCUCAAGUCCAAAGAGAUUGAAGCUACACAGCCAAUGGGAAUGAUCGUUUCUGCAAGUGGCCAUGGCAUAGGAAUCUUCCAGCUCAAUAUUAUGUACAAUGUGAAAAGUUCACAUACCAGCAGGAGGCGUAGAUCUGCACAAAAUCAAGAAGCCUUUGACUUGGAUGUUGUUGUAAAGGAUGACAAAAAAGAUAUAAACCACUUAAUCUUGAAUGUUUGCACCAGAUAUUUGGGUGCUGACUCAUCUUCAAAAAGUGGUAUGGCUCUCAUAGAGAUUGGAUUACUGAGUGGGUUCUCUCUGUCACCCAGUUUCAUGUCACUAAAUGAUCCGAUUAAGAAAGUGGAGAAAGAGGAAGGCAAAGUCAAUUUAUAUUUGGACUCUUUAAAUGCAACACAGGUUUGUGUGGAUAUUCCAGCUGUGAGAUACUUCAAAGUGGCAAAUACCCAAGAUGCCUCUGUGGCUGUGAUUGAUUAUUAUGAACCCAGAAGAAGAGCAGUGAGAAGCUAUAACUCCAAAGUGAUGCAGGGACUGUCAACUUGUGCAUUUUGUGGAAAAGAGGAAUGCAAUCUUUGUAAAAGCACACAUACAAAUGCCUCUUCACCAGUUUCCUUCUCCUAUCAACUGUUCAUUGUGCUCAUAAGCCUGUUGUACAGCUGGCUUGUCUAAGAACUUGGCAUCUUAUCCACAUUGCGCUUUUGAGAGUACUGCUGAACACCCCCCCCAUCUUGCACUAUGGUAAUCAGGAUAGGGAAUCUCCCAACUUCCACAUUGGAAGCAGAGACUCAAACCACCCAGGUCAGGUAGCCAAGAAGAGGGGCAUUCUAAAUUGGAUAAGUGAACUGGGAUCCUGUGAGAAUUUGCACUUAAUAAAACAAAUAAGUCUAGAAUUCUUUGAGAGAGUUUGCAUCUCAAAAUAACUAUAUACAUCUAUCAGGAAGGGCCAGACGUCUCCUCAAAGAGCCUGUAAGAAAGGAAAAUUCACACGUCAGUUUUCCCCAUUUUUACACCCAGUGGUUUUAUCUGCAUUUGUUAAAGUUAGAUUUAUUUGGUGGGUGAAAAUUUAAUGGAGUAUAUUUUCUGCAAGUUGUUUAUCUGUACAUUAAAAAUAAGAGAUUGGGUGUUUUUGUUUUUUUUUAAGUAGUCUUUUUAGUUUUAGAAACUGCAUACAAAGUUUACCAUUCAGUUUAGUUUACAGUACGUUUUAGACCAACUUAACAUUUAAUUCUGAAAUAUGGCUGAUUUCAAUGACACAGGAUCAGGUCCCAACUUCAAAUGGGAUUUAACUAGAUAAGCAUUUUUUGGAUCAAGUUAAUUAACAUUUAGUAUGGCUAUCACUUCUAUAGUUGUGUUCUAGAAACUUUAUGGUUCUUACCCAGGCUGUUCAUGCUUGUACAACAUGCAGAAUUGGAAAGGUACUGAAUAACAACACGACAAAGCAAAUUGAGUUGUUAUAAGCAAUUACCUAUCAGUAAAAGUUGUAUAGUCAGCAUUUUUCAUUUUUUGAUAAUAAUUGUGACUGGGAAAAAUGUGUCUGGUUAUAUGUUUUCCCCCUGUAAAAUGAAAGUGUGUAAAAGCAUCAGAUGUAUUAGUAGCUGUUGAACUGAACUUCAAGUCUGCCUGGCCUUCAAUACUUUUCAUACUGAUGGACUUGUCUUUGAGGCCAGAAAUUUGGCAAGCAUUUAAUUUACAGUAUGGGAUUUAUUAGUUGCCCUACUUCUUGUAGGCUGCUUCCCAGCUGGGCCCUACAUACAGUGUCAGCUUGCCCAUUCAGUCCUGCAGAGACUGAGAAGAGGCAUUAGCAGCUGCUAAACUGCAGACUAGCUUAAGCAUUGCCUCUGUCUGAGACAAAAUAUGAGCACUGGUCCUGAGGAAUUUGAAUGGAUUACGAUCUGCCAUCUUAUUUAAAAAAUGAAGCAACCUUAUCUGCUGCAGUCAAGUAGAGAAGGAUGUCUCGCAAAAUGAGGAAGUUGAAACAGGACUCCUGAAAUAGAAACAACCACAAAAAGAGAGCCUCUUUUAAAAAUUGCUAGUUUACUGGCUAAAAUGGGGCACCAAACAAUCCUCUUUUACUCUAGAGACAAAGGCAUGCUUAGAAGCCAGAUAUGAAGUAAUAGUCCAUCUCUGUUCCUGAUGGAAAUCUGCCUCCCUGUGCCUGAGGAGAAGCUACAGUAUAGUACAGCUCUACAGCUAGUACAGUUUUACAGCUAAAUGAAUAUUCACAAAUAAUCAAAAUCUGCCAAAAUUUCAGAUGUGAAAUGGCACAUGAAAUUUGAAUUUUGGGUGUGACAUUUUACCUCAAUAUCUAAAUGCUCUAGACUUGUUGACAAUGUCUGAUUCUUUUAAUUUUGUUAGGCAUCAGAUAUUAAAUGGCUUCAUCCAUCAUCUGUAAAAUAGUCAGAAAUCAAGUACCAUUGCAUGUCAGCUAUCAAAUCUGUUAAAUAUCAUACGGAUAUUUAAAUAUCAUACAGAUAUCAAUACAGAUACCAAACAUUUAGGGAGCAAGUGCUUGACCAUACAGAUAAAUACGUGGUAAAUCUCAGACAUCAAAAUUCACAGAGGAGAAUUUUUAGAAUUGCUGGGAGAAUGCUUUCUCCAACUUUGUACAGUAUCAAUUUUUACAAUAUGUGAAGGCUGUUGGUAUGUACCGACUUUGUGCCUAAAUACUCACCUGCCUAGUUUGCUAGCGCUAUGUUGCCUCAGUGGGAAUUAGAUUACACAACCUUGCUAGAGACUACUCAGUGUUGGAACUGGACAUUUUAGAGUUUGGGGAAAGAGUGAAGCAAUAGCAAUGAAUGCAUACAAUUUUAUGACUUUGAAAUGAUCACAAAAUGCAAAUUACAGGAGGACCUCAAUAUUUGCAUGGGUUCCAUUCCAUGGUACAACUGUAGAUAAAGAAACCGCAAAUAUUGAGGCGUUAGGCCAAUGGAGAAUUGGGGGUUAGUUUUCCAGUUGGAAGAAAAUGGUUAAAAAACAGUUGAUUUGGGGAGAUGUUGGUGGAGGAUACUUAGUUGUCUUAGCUAUCCCCCAUGAGUCAUGCUGUGCAUCCAAAUGCCUCCAAACGGGCCAUAAAUUGCUGGCCACAGAGAGGCCCAUUGGGCAUGUGUGUCGGCCUCCAAAAUGGCCAGUAUAAUGGAGGGCAGGCUGGUGAGGGAAGGCAAUUUGGACAUAAAUGGAGGCCGGUUGGGGAAGGGGGUACCCCUGGAAAUGUGCCCCCUUGAAGGGGGUGAGUAAAUCCUAAUUUAAAAAAUAAAUAAAUUGUGAAGCUUUUUGACUUUGUAGUUAAUUGUCAAUCUGUCACUUUUCUUAUUGCCAUUUCACCUUCCUCCUUCCCAAGAUAACUCUGGCUCACAUACAGCGCAGCGCACUGCCCAUAGAAAAGUGGGUGUGCACUCUGGCUCUGUGUGAAUCAAAACCAUGUUCUUCCUUCUCCCAAGUUCAGAGGCUCCAUCGCUACUAAGGAUUGCAUAAUCGCUGCACUGAGAACCCUCCCAUUGGGAAUAAAUGGGAGGCUCGUGCCUACAGUUAUGACACAAUCCAAUAGUAACAAAGCCUCUCUGAGCUUGGGAGAUCAUGGUUUUGACUCACUCAGAGUGACCAUGCAUGUCUUGCUCUUCCAUAGGUGGUAUGCUGCACUGUUCAUGAGCCUGUGUCUUUAUCCCUAGACAUGUAUUACAGUCAUUAGAAUCGUUUACUAUUAGUUUUGUUCAAAUGUUAUGAUGGCUUGAUUACACAUUUUUCUACUUUGCAACAAUUUAGAAGCUUUUGAAAGAAUUGCUUCCCAGUAAUGUUGGAGCUUUCUUUUCCAGGCUUUCUAUAAUACAGUUUUGGCUUUUAAACCCCAUACAAAACAAGUUUUCAAGAUGGUUACAACCCUUAGAGUUCAAGGUCACUACUUUACAUAAACAGAUUUUCUCUUGUA